AAAAAGAUAUGGCCAGCUUGCCACCGGUCAAAGUAUUUUGCUCGAACGGCUUAUGUUGAGUUUGGAAAUAUCCAUGAGAUACCACGUGGAAGAAUUUUCACUGUUCCUACGAAUAUUGCAUUACUGCAUCAUUAUCGAAAAAAUGGGGAUCCAAAGCCAGAUGACAAGGUCAAGGACUUUACUGUUCUGUUGAAAUAUGGAAGUACUCUCACUCAAAAUGUGCUAAAAAUAUGGGAAGUACUUUCAGUUAGCAAUAAUAUUCAUCGUAACUACUCAUUAAUGAACUUAAAUUCAGCCAACUCUGGUUUAAAGAAUUAAAACUUUCUAAAUGUUCACGCAUACAGAAGUAUAAUUGUUUAAAACGAAAUAUUAUUAAUACAAAAAAAAAUAUUCCUUAUCAUUUGAAAUGUGAUUAACGUGAUUUGUUCGUCAAGUAUAUUGUGACAAGGACGGACGUACCGGCGACAAUAACUAUCAGAAUAAAUCAACGCUCUUUACAAUAUUUACAAAUUUAUUUACAUAAAAUGAUUAUUAAAAAUGAAUAAAUGAUAAAUAGAAAAAAAAACUGAUUAUAAGAAAGAAAAAAGAAAAUCAGAGUUCAGUAUCUCUAGAUACAAAGUUUUAACACUGACAGUUCCGUUGUAACGUAACGUGGCACUGUUGUUUCAGUUAAUUUCGAACUUUAAGUAGCACAAAAAUAUAACAUAUCUUCCAGUAAAGUCCCUUUAAACCGUGAAUACGUUGACUGCGUUUUGGCUUCCUGUGAUAAUAGGUGAUUGCAUCCCUGAAAAAUCAUCGUCUUUGCGGUUUACGGCACAACCAUGGUGACGAAAGCUCUGCUCUGGGAAAAUCACAUCCAGGCAAGUGUAGACAAGUGAACCUCGGGCAUUGUACUUCCGGGUUGUGACAUCAUCACCAGGAGGUCAAGUCGGAGCCGUCGUUCAUCUAGAUAUAAAAUGAUUAUAGGUUGCUAAAUUGUAGGAGCAACCUACAAGUCACACAUUGUAAGCACAAUGAAUGAUCCCUAUGAGUCGAGCGGAAUAGUGUCGAGAUAGACAGGCAAAUACGAUCAAGAUACGUUCAAGAAUACAAAAAAACUUGUAGACAAGUGUCGAUAAUUGUAGUAAACAAUAAUGGUACUCCUCCAUUAACCAUGAAAGAUGAUUUCAACUUUUAUGAGACGGGUCCACUCGCGUGUUUCAAUGAUUUGUGGAUUGAGAACCAGAUCGGUCAUUUCUUAAGACAAAAAAAGAUGUUAAAGCAUUUACUAAAUAACAAAUGGACACCUUAAGAAAAGAAACCAGUUCUCCGGCAUGAAACAGUUUGGCUUUAUCUUGAUUGCGGGCUAAGCAUGUUGGAAAGAAGGAGAGUGUGCUAUCACUCUGAACAAAGGGACGAUGAUACAUAAAAUAUCUACCAAUAUUUAGGACUAAUGAUAAAAUGAGUUAACGGUCACUGUGCUUAGAAGUUUAUGGACAAUAGUUUUCAGUACACAAUAAUGGAGUCGGUGUCUUGUGAGAUUGAUGAAAAUGCUAAUACGCUUGAAGAAUUUGAUGAAGUGGUUAGAGAAAAACUCGGGGAAGUAGUUAGUUCAUUAGUUAACAAAGCUAUAGUUGAAGAAACUCCUUUUAAAACAAAUGAUGCGCAUGUCGGGGAACAGAUAGUAUAUGGAUAUGAUUAUGUAUUAGAUUCAAGUAAAGUUUCCACUGAUGGUUAUGACUCUGGUAUAAACUCAGACUUUUCUAGAUCGAUUUCUGAAUCAAGAGAAACAUCUAAAGAGCCAGAUUUAGGACUUCUUGAUAACGAAACAAACCAAACAUUACAAUUUCAAAACAGCUUUCAUUCAGACUUAGAUACUGACAGUACAUUAGAUAAGGAAUUAAAUGAAUCAGAAGAUACAGUACCCAGUCACAUUGUGAAGGAUAACGUUAAUGAGGUAGUUAAGCAGGAGGUGACAUUACAUCUCGAUGUUGAUGAAGUUAAAGUGGAAUUAAGUGAUGAUUAUCAGGAAAGCGCUGGCAAGCUGAAUAAAGCAAAAACGUCGGUGAAAAGGAAAGCAAGAACUAAGUUGACAUGGGAAGAGAGGCAUGUUUGUCAAAUAUGUGGAAAGAAAUUCUCAAAUCCUUGCAACCGCCUUGCUCACGAAAAAAUGGUGCAUAGAAAUAUGCGUCAUAACAUUUGCGAAGUUUGCGGAAAGGGAUUCUACUCCUCAGCAACUUUGAAGAAACAUAUGAACAAGCAUACUGGAGAGCGCCCCUAUAAGUGUCCAAUUUGUAACAAAGGAUUUACUCAGCCAGGAAACGCUACCAGACAUAUGGAAUCCCAUUCGCUAGUGGAUAAAUACGAAUGUCCCAUCUGCAAACGAGGAUUUAAAGAAAAAGGUAACAUGAAACGCCAUGUAGAGACUCACAACGAUAAAAGACCUUACUCGUGUAAAAUAUGCUCUAAAACUUUUAGAUCAAGUUCUAAUUUGCAACGUCAUAUUCAAAUGGUACAUGGAAGUGAGAGGAAUUUCUUUUGUGAUCUAUGUAACAAGUCUUUCUCUUGUUCAGACAGUGUGAGGUUACAUAUGAAAAUUCAUACUGAUGAACGAAAUUUUCUUUGUCCGAAAUGCGGGAAGAGAUUCAUGGUAAGAGGAGCUUUGCGGAGGCAUAUGUCAGUGCAUGACGGUGAUGAUGUCAAUAAAUUCAAAUGUGGUAUCUGUGAGAAGCUAUACAAAACAGCCGAAACGUUAGCUUUUCAUAUGGUGAUGCAUUCUGGUAAUUAUACACAUUUUUGCCAUAUUUGUAAUAAGGGCUUUGCCCAAGCUAGCGUUUUGAAGCAACAUGUAGAAACACAUUCAAAAGAACGUCCCCAUGUUUGUCAAGUUUGUGGAAAAGCUUUUGCAAAGGAACAUACAUUACGGCGACACUUUGCCAUUCAUGGAGGAGAUAAGCCCUACGGUUGUGAACUAUGUGAUAAGAAAUUUUUGUACAGCUGGUAUCUUAAAACACAUAUGAAUGUUCACAUUGGACAACGGUCACACGUGUGUCCCGUGUGUGAAAAGGGAUUUUCUAACAAGUUGUCAUUGAGAAAUCAUAUCAAAAUACAUACAGGACAAAAAGAUUUUAUAUGCAGGGUCUGUGAUAAAAGUUUUCGGGAACAGGGAAGCUUGAGAAGGCAUAAGAAGAGCAAGAUUCAUAUACAACGAGAGGGAAAGCAAAAUUCAUAAACGAUAUUUAUAACGGAAACAAGAUUUGAUUAUAUAAACAUCGAGAGGUAAAACAAAAUUCGUAUACAACGACAAUGGAAGCAAGAUUCACAGAGAGAGGAAAACCAAAAUUCAUAGAACCAUAGAGGAAAGGAAGAUGAUCCUACAAAUAAGUGAAAACCUGUUUGUAAUAAGAUACGUUAGAUAUAUUGGAAAAAUAAUCAUUGGUCAACCUGUGAUCUGUCAUAACAGGUCAUGUUUUAGUGAUAGAAGUGUACAUAGGAAAGAAAGAAAUCUUAAUACAGAGAAUAUAUAGUUCUGUACUAAUUAGGAGAUGAACUUUAUUACAAGUUUGAUUGUAUAUUGUCUUUGCGAUUGCAAAUUGUUUGAAUGUUUUGGGUUUUUUAUUGCUCAAUGUGUUUGGGAAUUUCUGUUAAAUCAUGCUAAAGUUGGCGAUCUAUGUAGUUAUAAAGUAAAGCUAUGCCAUAGAUAAAGUUGGCGAUCUAUAUAGUUAUAAAGUAAAGCUAUGCCAUAGAUAAAGUUGGAGAUCUAUAUAGUUAUAAUAUAAAGCUAUGCCAUAGAUAAAGUUAGCGAUCUAUAUAGUUAUCGAGUAAAGCAAUGCCAUAGAUAAAGUUGGCGAUCUAUAUAGUUCUAAGCUAUGCCAUAGAUAAUGAUAUAUAUGUAUAUAAAAAUGUUACUUAAGAUUACGAGUGUUUCGGACGGCCAUGUAUUAUAAACCGUCAGUAAAGACAGUCAGUUUAUUAUUUAAACAUGUUUGCUUAACUUUAUUGUUUUCUAAAGAUUAUUAGAUUGUCCUUCUAUACAUAGUUUAUUUUUAUUUUGUAAUCGCUGUUGCGUUACGGAGCGUUAUUAUUAUAUUGUAUAGAAGUUGGUUUUGUAUGGUUCAGUUAUUCCGUAACAAUUCAUUUUUGUCAGUUUUUCGUUAAAUAGUUUUAUUCAUUCUGUUUUGUUUGUAUUUCUUGUUGAAGAGUUGUUGUUGCAAAAAAAAGUAAAAUUGUAAUAUUGCAAACAGAGUUAAAACUGUAAUGUGGCAAAAAUUGUUAAGUUUUUUAUUUUGCCAUUGGAGUCAAAUUUUAUUGUUGCAAAUAAAUUUAAAUUGUUAUGUUACAAAUACUGUUAUAUUGUUUUGUUGCAAAUAGAGUUAAAGUGUUUUGUUUCACAAAAAGCAAGAUCUUUGCUUUUGUUGAGUUUUGUCUGAAGUUUUGUAGAAUGGUGCACACUUUAUAAUUGAUUCUUGCUAACUAAAACUUAAUUUAUGAGGGAAAAAAUUGAAUUGGCGCCAGCAAGAAGGAGUGGUCUAAAUUUUUUCCCAAUGAACGAUAAGAUAAAAUAUAAUGUGAGACACUGACAUUUAUCUGUAUAACAUAUUUUGUUAUACAUUAAUUCGGAUAUACUCAGCAGUAGGUAUUACUCUUUGAUAAAAUGAUUCUUUUGUAUUCUACUUGCGGAGAGUAUGUUCGUAUACAGAAUCUAGGAACACAGGUUAGGUUAACUUCCCGCCGUUACAUAUCUGAAAAACGGCAUUAUACUCAAAGCAUACUAAACGCUUUUGUAUUUGUAUUUGUAUUACAGUUGAUACAAUGAGAGAGAAUUAGUUACUGAAAUAACAUUGAUUUUCUUGUCUAUAAUUCAAUUAAAAUGAGCGUAACCUGUAAAAUGAUAAUAAAAGUAUUUCUUUUAACAUUCCAUGCUUGUAGAGCUAAAAGAUUGAAAAAAAUGUUUUUAUUUUUUUAGUAUUGUGAUUAUAUUUCAUAACAUGAUAUAAUGAGUAUGUAACAUUCCAUCCUAAUAUUAUCAUAAUGUAACAUUCAGUUUUAAUGAUAAUUUUACAUUACAUGCUAAUGUCUAAAGGAUGUAAAAAUCAGUUUGAAUAUAUAAAUAACAUUUCUUGCUUAUCUAAUGAUGAUAUAACAUUCCAUGUAGAUACAAGGAUGAUAUAGCAAUCCGUGCUGAUACAAUGAUGAUAUAACAUUCCGUGGUAAUAUAUUAAUGAUAUAGCAGUCCAUGCUUAGUUAAUGAUGAUAUAACAUUCCGUGCAGAUAUAAUGAUGAUUUAUUAAUCCGUUCUGAUACAAUGAUGAUGUAACAUUCCGUGCUAAUAUAGCGGUGGUAUAGCAUUCCGUGCUUAUUCAAUGACGAUAUAACAUUUCUUGCUGCUAUAGACUUGUGACAUUACAUUCCAUGAUUAUAUAGUGAUGAUAUGACAUUCCUUGUUACUAGUAAUAUAAAGAUGAUAUAACAUUCCGUGCUGAUACAAUUGUUAUAUAGCGUUCAGGGCUGAUUUAGACAUAAAUUAGGAGUCCAUUCUUGCAUCAUAAUGUUUUAGCACUCUAUGUUAACUUGGCAAUGUUAACACAAAAAUCUGGCUUUCCCGGCGCUAUCUCAACAGUGCAACAUUUCAGUACCUUUAUUGAACAUUCAGUGCUACUGUAACAUUUAUGUGAAAUGUGUUAUGAUAUAACAAUGAUGUAAGAUUUAUUGCUAAAUAAUGAUGUGAUAUUCCUUUCCACUGCCAACGUUUAAUGACAUAUCGUAGUAGUAUUAUAUCCAUGACGUAUAUUUUUGUUAUUUUUUCCUGUGACAUGUAUAUAUACACCGAUAAUGUAACAUUUUAUACUUACAUGUACCACUGAAAUUUUAUUAGAGGUGACGUAUGAGGCUUAACUUGACAAUUGCAAUUCAGGAGCUUCUGCUUGUGUCCGUGUGACUCUAAACCUAACAUAACUAAUGUGACAGUGUUGCACUAACUGAUGGCAUCUCAAAACUCGACAUAAUUUGUAUUUUGAUGAUCAUUUUUCUUUUCUCUGUAAGUUUUUCUAGUACAUUCACUGUUUUCUGUUAUUUUCUUAUGUCAAAUAAUUCCGUAUACCAGCUUUGAAUGUUAUCUAUAUGCUAAUUAUUAAAAGGUUUUAAUGAUAAAUAUAACGUAUAAAACUUUCUUGUAUGAUCUUAUGUAUAUUCUAAUUCUGUUAUAAAUUCAUGUAACGUAUUAUAUAAAUAUUUAUAAAUAUUUUGGUUUCUCUAUACAAUGUAUGUUGGUAACAUUUUUGUUUAUUUUUUCUUAUUUUAGAUUUCUAUAUGUUUACCUAGUUUAAAUUGUUAAUUAAUGAUUGAUAUUUAUUACCUGUUGAGACUGAAACGAUUUUGUUACAGUACAUAACUUCUGAUUUGAAAAUCAAGAACGCUCAUAUAACCUAGCUUCGGUAGCCUAAUGGAUAAGGCUCCUGCCCCGCAUUAGGGAGUUCGAACUUUCGAGCCCUGACAGAGGAACUCAGAAUUUUGAUUGAAUUAUGGCACGGACCCUUUUAACUUUCAAAUCUUGAUUAAGUUUUCCGUACCAGUUCAUAUUUUGUGUAAACUGUUUGACAUAUGGCUUUGAAACUUUUACCACUUGUUUAUAACAGUCUCUAUCGGUAGGCUAGAGUACAUAACUCUGUCAACUAUUUUGACUGAAUUAGCCCUUUUUGGACUUGGAAAUUUGUUCAGUUUCCGUAAAAAUCUACGUUUGGUUAAAACUAUUUGCAAUGGGGCUUUGAAACUUUGAACACUUGUUCAUCUUGUCGAUCUCCACCUGUUUUCAAGGGUAUGUAACUAUGUCAAAGACAUUUAACUGCAUUUUGUGCUCUUUUUGGAGCAAGACUACAUAACUAGGACAAGGAUUUUUGGCUCAGUUAUGUCCCUUUUUGAAAUUAUUUAAGUUUCGUUUACCAUUCAAUAUUUUGUCUAAACUGU